AUGCUCCCACUCGGUUUGCGCGUGCUGGACAAGAUAGAGCGUCUCGUUGACAAACACAUGCAAUCUCUCGGUGCAUCAAAAGUUUCGUUAUCCUCUCUAUCUUCGCAGGACUUGUGGCGAAAGUCCAGUCGACUCGAUGGCCGCAAUGCGGAACUGUUCCAGCUGGAGGAUCGCAGAAAGGCAAAAUUUCUGCUGGCGCCGACCCACGAGGAAGAAAUCACUACAAUCGUAAAGGACUCGGUGCAUUCAUACAAAGAUCUUCCACUGCGACUGUACCAAGUAUCGCGCAAGUACCGGGAUGAAGCGAGACCAAGGCAAGGACUCCUACGGGGAAGAGAAUUCAUCAUGAAAGAUCUAUACACUUUCGACGAGACCGAGAUCCAAGCUACGAAAACUUAUGAAUCUGUUCGUGCUGCGUACCAGUCAUUUCUGGACGAGUUUCAUCUACCGUACCUGGUGGCAAGCGCUGAUUCCGGCAACAUGGGCGGCACACACAGCCACGAGUACCACUUCGCAUCUUCAAAAGGCGAGGACGUCAUCAUAACCUGCAGUAGCUGCGAUCUCUCCAUCAACGAGGAGCUCUACGUUGGACGUUACGAUCCGGAUCGCCAGGUCACUCGUGCACCAGGUUCACCCUCGGUGACAGCCUCCGGGGAGAAGACCUCUAGUGACGAUUUCCAGUUCCACAUGUGGAUUGGACAGUUGGCACGACACAGCACAAAUCAACCACGCACACUGGUACAAGUUAUUGUUCCAUAUGGACACGAAGUCAACGUGCGUACCCUAAAGACCCUGGUUCCGGACUUAGACACCGCUCAAGAGCAGUGGGACCUAGAGCAGCUGAGAAAAGAAUGCUCGGCAGGCUGGAACCUACUGUCAUUCCGAGAUCCCCGCGUGCCCGUCGAAUCCAUCCGAGAGAAUACAGGUUUCUGGAAUCAGUCUGAGGUGCAUCAGAAACUUAAGCCAGCGACUAUCGAACCGGCAUCCUUCCUGCUGACAAAAGCUCAUUCCACUGACCCAUGUCCUGCGUGUGGUGCAGAAGGGGCCCUCAAACUCAACAAGGCCGUAGAAAUUGGUCAUACCUUUCACCUGGGUAAGCGUUACAGCAAACCGCUUGAAGCCUCCGUUAAGGAUGAAAGCAACAAGCUUGUUGGCAUCGAGAUGGGUUGUCACGGUAUCGGAGUUUCUCGACUCAUGGCCGCUGUAGCCUCACUACUCGCCGAUAGCAAGGGUCUCAAUUGGCCAACAGCAAUCGCGCCUUUCAACAUUCUACUCAUGGGGACGCCGAGUACCGCGAGAGAGCACGUAACCGAAGUGUACGACGCGCUCAGGCCGACACUUGCCUCGCAGGAUCUGGACCUCAUCAUGGACGAUCGAGAAAGGCCGGUGGGGUGGAAGCUAAACGAUGCCGACCUGGUUGGCUACCCGUUCAUCGUGAUUCUCGGCAAAGCAUGGAGCCAGCGCAAGGCAGUUGAGCUCCAGUGUCGGAGGCUCCAUGUGAAGCAAGAGGUUGACGUGAGUCAUCUUGCAGAGAAGAUCUCCGAAUAUCGCAGCAAAUUGUAA